AUGAAUAGCUCAAGACUGGCCAACAAUAGUCAUUCUGUGUCAAAGUCAAGUAGUUCUAACUCAGUAUAUAUUAGUGGAACAACACUAGCGGCAUUACAGCCUGCCAAAUCCUUCAAUUACCAUCAAGGUGCUUCUAUCACAUCUUUAGACUUUGAUGAUGCUGGGCAAUUCCUGGUAUCUUCAGGAAUAGACAAAUCCAUACAAUUAUACGACUGUCAUAAGGGGACACACUCUAAAGAUAUACAAUCACAGAAAUAUGGGGCACAUUCUGCUAGAUUCACUCACGAAGAAUUGAAUUGUCUUUAUGCAUCGACACCAGAACCAAGUGAUAACAAUGAAAAUGCCAUUAGAUAUCUUUCUUUAUCCAACAACCGCUACUUACGAUAUUUCAAAGGUCAUAAAGCCCAAGUGAGCUCCAUAGAAGUAAACCCUGUUGACAAGACUUUUCUAAGUUCAAGUUAUGAUGGAACUGUCAAAUUGUGGGAUUUAAAAUCAUCAUCAGCCGUCGGGAAUCUAGAAGUUGGGCAAAAUUCCGUCAUUGGGUUUGAUCCACAUGGAGUUGUUUUUGCUAUUGGGAAAUAUUCUCAAGGUGAAACAGGAACAGUGUCCCUAUAUGACUUGAAAACAUUUGACAAGGCUCCUUUCUUGCAUGUGGAAAUACCUAUCUUGCCAGGACAAAUAUGGAAUAAAUUGGAGUUUUCUAACAAUGGUAAACUAAUUCUUAUUUCUACAGAUUCUGCUGAACAUUAUGUGCUUGACUCGUAUCUGGGAGAACUAUUAGCAGUUGUCAGAUUGGCUAUAGGGAGUGUUGCUAGUAAUAAUUGGAUGUCAUUCAAAUACCCUUACACUGGGUGUUGUACCUUUUCUCCGUGUGGGAAGUACUUGUUGGUGGGCACACCCAAAUCCACAAUAAAUAUUUAUGAUGUUUCCAAUCUACACAACUCCAACAAUAAACCAGUGAUAUUAUCUAGAACAAACCACAUUCUACAAAGCACAAAUGGUAUUCCCAAAAUCGUUUCUUUUAGUCCCAAAAUGUUUACUUUAGCAACGGCAGAUACUACAGUAACCUUAUGGCUGCCACCAGAAAAAGUGUAA